AUGAGGGACGCCGAUAUCAUCGUUUGCUGUGCUCAGGCAACAAUAAGAUGUUGGAGCAUUUGGAGCAUGCGGUCUAGACAACCUUGGGAGCUUCUCCGCACUGACGACUUGGGCGGAUCCAGGCGUCCGGGGGUGCACGGCGUUCUCACCGUAAUGGGGAGAACCAAGGGGAUCCACGGAAGAAGGAUGAAACGUAGGAAGUGGAAGAAUGGAGAGGAAAAGGAAGAGAGGGAAGAGCGAGAGAGAGAGAGAGAGAGAGAGAGAGAGAGAGAGACAGAGCGUUAUGGUAAUGAAAGUCAGUCUGUUCAGUCAAGCGUACGGGCGCAGAGGGUCUGUGACGCACACCCGGUGACUCGGUGGUUUGAAAGGAAGCAGGUCAAGUGCGAGCGGUCAGUCAGUCAGGCUGACGGGGAGCUUCCACUUGAUCGAGGGAAUGCUCUUGUGCUCUGUAUUUUUGGACGGACCAAGAUUAUGGCGCAGGAGUUGCAGCUGGAGAUUAAAACGGGCGAUUGGAAGGCGGUCAAGCCGCAAGCUGCGGCUGCAGUUCUGUAUGAACCAGCGUGGCUGGCUGCCAACUGGCACGGGGACCUGCCAGGCAUUCGUAAUUACCCCGUUAGAUGCGUGGUAUCUUACCCGAAAUUGAAAAGAGAAGGGGGGCUCUUGUCAUCUGGAACGGCUUCAGAGCCAACUGACAGUCUCAACUUGGGAUGUCUACGACGCAGACCAACGAGAUGGGGGUGGAUCGUAGAGCGCAGACAGCCUCCGAGCACCGAGAGCAUGGACCACACACCCCCCAAGUGUCCUGGGACUGGCUGCCUCACCUGCAACGGCCUGCAGGUUAGGUGGAGAGCAGACGCCAGUUGCCCGGUCUACAAGGCACUGUACCUUAGCCUGUAG